AUGUCAUCCUCACCCACGUCAGAGCAUCUCCAGCUCACCUCGAUGCCUUCCGAGAUCCUACAUCUUAUCGCACAGUCGUACAUAGACGACCUCUCGUCCACCUCCAGUAACAACAUCCUCUCGGUCCUCACCACGUGUACACUGUUUCGCAACCUCUUGCUACCCAAACUCUACGCAUCCAUAUCCAUCUACUCCGUCAACCAGCUAUGCCUCUUUGUAGCGCCAUCCUCAGGAGCUCACAUCUGCUCUCCUGAAUACACGGUCGACAGCAUCACGAUCAACAUCCCCGGUGUACCUGGUGGUGGGGAUGGCACCUUUGCAACCAGUGCCAAGGGAAUGGCGAGAUCGCGGGAUCGACUGUUGCUCGCAUCGCAGGCUCUAUCUCUCUGUCCUCGGGUGAGGAAUGUCUCGCUCGAGUUCUUCAGUAUCCGCCAUUCCGAGAUUCUCACGUCGGACGAGUUCCGAUGGAAGGAAGCGAAAGCGUUCGAGGAUGCGGUGAAAGGGUUGGAGAGGGUGGAAAAGUUUAGAUGGGUGCCACCGAGGUGCGAUGCGAAUGCGAUCAUGGGCUUGAGCAUCGUCAUCGUAGAUCAGGUGAUUCCUUCCCUAGCAAAAGGGCUGAUGGGAUGUGGACAGCUGCAGACGCUCGAGUUGUGGAACGUGAUGCUUCCCGAAAGCGGAGGUGCCGAUCUCGCUCAAUCGCUGAUCCACAUUUCGAACCAACGUGCCGGGCGGGCCGGUCUCGAGCUGAAUCUCCGUUCGGUCACCGGGUUGGAUCCGAAGACAGUUUCGGAUCUAGCCCUCGCUCGACCACCCGUCAAAGUCAACAUCGCCGACGGCUUUGUCGGCUCCAUCUGGGGCGCGCGGAUCAACAAGCACGUGGUGGAAGAAUGCAUGCGCCACACGCUAGAUCCGACAGGAUCCGCAUCCAGCAGCAACAGAUCUUCCCCCGACUCUUCGCAGGCUUCGAGCAUCAGCACCAGUCGAGCUACCACUCCGGAGCUCUUGAUACAGGAUACGUUGACAAAGGCUAGCGAGAACGUCCGCAUCACCGUGCUGCAAGGUGGGAUCGCUGGCUCGCGUAUCUUGCCCCACUGA